AACGGUUCUGGAGUUAUCUUCCGGGAGCUUCAAAAUUAACGGUUUAACGGUAAAUAGUAAAAGUAAUGUCCGCCGAAAUUAGCAAAUUACCAAAAAAAGCUUAGAAAGCAAUUUCGGAUCCAUUUCUCUUACUAAAAAAGUUAAACAAUUGUUUGAUUGAUUGAUUGAUUGAUUGAUUGUUUGAAAAGAUUGGAGCUUUCAUCGUCCAGCUGUAUACCCACUACCCGGCAGCUAUGGCGUCGGAAACCGAUCGUCUUCUCCGGCAAUCUUCCUCUUCCGCGGCGGAAGACAUGGCGGAAAAUGGCGACGCAUCGAAGCCUUUCCUUUGUAGGUUUUUGAGCUAUCCUGUUGCUAAUACCAAUACAUCGAGCCACAAGAGGCGUCGCAGGCUCGCCGAGAAAUUCGCCUCCGCCGCGCCCCGCCCUCGUCGGCAGCAGUCGUUCAGCCGCGACAUCGGCCACGCUGCCAAGGAGACUUACCUGAUUACUAGCCUCAGCUUCACGCUCCUUCGAUACCUCGGGCUACCGGUGGAUGACGAGAUUGCUUGCUCUUGGUUGCUAUGCUAUGUUACUAAUGCCAGGAUUUCUUCAAGGUUUGUGUGUUUAUUUGCAAUAUGUUAUUUCUUUUCAAGCCAGGUCCAGCGUAGUAUUGUGUAUGGAGAUCAACCAAGAAAUAGGUUGGAUCUAUAUUUACCUGCAAAUAGUGAUGGAAAAAAGCCGGUAGUGGUAUUUGUAACUGGUGGAGCCUGGAUUAUUGGGUAUAAAGCUUGGGGUUCCCUUUUAGGUCUGCAGUUGGCUGAAAGAGACAUCAUUGUGGCAUGCGUUGAUUACAGAAACUUUCCGCAGGGUACCAUCAGUGAUAUGGUGAAAGAUGCUUCUCAGGGGAUCUCAUAUGUCUGCAACAAUAUAGCAGAUUAUGGAGGUGACCCUAAUAGGAUCUAUCUAAUGGGACAAUCUGCUGGUGCACAUAUUUCUGCUUGUGCUCUCUUGGAUCAAGCAAUCAAAGAAGCUAAGAAGGACGAGAGCAUUUCUUGGAGCGUCUCCCAGAUAAAGGCUUAUUUUGGUUUAUCUGGCGGGUACAAUUUGUUUAAUUUAGUUGAUCAUUUCGAUAAUCGUGGACUAUAUCGUUCCAUCUUUUUGAGCAUUAUGGAAGGUGAAGAAUCCUUACAUCAGUUUUCUCCUGAAGUUAGAGUAAACGACCCAAGCAAUAGGAAUGCCGUUUCUCUCUUGCCUCCUAUCACUCUUUUCCAUGGAACUGCAGAUUAUUCGAUACCAUCAGACGCCAGUAAAGUUUUUGCAGACACGCUUCAAAAGGCAGGAGCUAAAGCUGACUUAAUACUAUAUGAUGGAAAGACUCAUACAGAUUUGUUUCUUCAAGAUCCUCUAAGAGGCGGCAAAGAUGAAUUGUUUGACCAACUAGUUUCCGUGAUACAUGCUGGUGAUACCGAAGCUCUUGAGAAAGAUGCUAUUGCACCUCCGAGAAGGCGCCUUGUUCCGGAGCUCUUGUUGAAGUUGGCACGCUGCAUCAGCCCCUUUUAGGCCUUGUAUACUGUCACUAUUGAAGACCAAUUAGGUCCAUGCAAAGGAGAGGCUUCAAUCGACCCGUGGAGAUCUAGAUUAUACAGAAGACAUUACAACAUAUUUACUUUGAUGAGGUUGCUCCAUCAUAAUCCACGAGUUGAAUAUAUCAAAGACAGAGAUCGGUAGCCUCCGAUAUCUAGAGAUGUCUCUCUCCUUGUAAUCCAAUUGUUUUACAUGAUUGGAAGAAUUUGUUUUUGUUGUCCGUGAAUGUAGACUUAAAACGCCAAAACUCGUAGAUUAGCGGGCGGUCUUUAUGUGGUUUCUGUAUUAAACAGUUUCCUUUUGUUAUUCACAGAACACAUUGUUGCCAUUCGUGGUGAUUUUUUAAGGUGCAAAUAAAUCAGUUUCUACAUUGUUUCAGGCA